UGGUCUAAGCGGAUUCAGAUCCGAGUCCAACGCUCCUUAUCUAUAGGAGGAGAAAGUCUAGUGUUUAAAAACUAAAAAAAAAAGAGCAAGCUUACGUAUUUAUUAAUAACGCGCAUUUCUUUACAGCCCUAUCGGACCCCGUCGAGAUCCUGAAUAAAAACCCACACUACACAGACGGUCACCCGUGCUGGUCUGCUAACAGAUUACAAAGCUGAUUAUAUGUCACACUGAAUUGAAGAAACUACACAAAGUCUGUCCGGGACUCGCUUUGGAUAUUUUAAACCACCUCUUGUGAAAAGACGCGUCUCCGCUCCAGAGCAAGCUACUGGUCUCCAGUUAAUGAACCCAAGUCUCAAAGCGACCUGCUGGCAAUCAGGCAGAGGAAACGUGGGCAAGUUUCAUAUCCGAGCAGAAGUGUUUGUACCCUGCCAGGGUCCAUCAACACCAGCCAAACUAACCCCAGCUCCAUGUGUGCAAAUGCAUGUGUACCAGGAGCCCGUGACAUGGUGAAUAAUCGCUCCGCGGAGUCCCAGGCGGUGGCUGUGGCCGGCGGGGGCUCUCCCCCCAAGUCCUGCGCGGGCUGCGGGGGGAAGAUCGCUGACCGCUUUCUGCUCUACUCCAUGGAGCGCUACUGGCACACGCGCUGCCUCAAGUGCUCCUGCUGCCAGGCUCAGCUCGGCGAGAUCGGCACCUCCUGCUACAGCAAGGGAGGCAUGAUCCUCUGCAGGAACGACUACAUACGGUUAUUCGGACACAGCGGAGCGUGCAGUGCUUGUGGUCAGUCCAUCCCGGCCAGUGAGAUGGUGAUGAGGGCACAGGGCAACGUCUACCACCUCAAGUGUUUCACGUGCGCCACGUGCAGGAACAGGCUGGUCCCGGGGGACCGGUUCCACUACGUCAACGGAACCAUCUUCUGUGAGCACGAUCGGCCCAGUGCAGCCCUGCUGAACAGCCACCUCCCAGCACUGCAGAGCAGCACCAUGCUGCCCGACCAGAAGGUGUGUUGAAGAGCUGGAGAGGUCUGUGCCUUUGUGCCUUUUUGUCCCCCUGUGUCAAGUCUCUCUCUCUCUCUCUCUCUCUCUCUCUCUUCUUUCUUUCUUUUUUUUUUUCUUGUCGUUCUCUCAUCGCUUUGUCACUGGACCGCAAUAAAUUUAUUUUUGAAAUUUAAAAAAAUAAAGACAAAAACUAAAAAAUAUAUAUGAAUCGGCUUGAAAGAAAUACUUGCGUCACAGUUUUGGGGAGAAACACCGGCUCCCCAGAAGAGGAAUCCUCUUUGGAAACGCAGGACAGUGAUCUCGCAGCAGGAAGGGAGGGGUGACGGGCUGGGCUGGUCCACACCUGUUCACACCACCAGUCCGACGGCCGGUCUGGAUCCCGCUGCUUCGGACAGUGACCUGAACUCUGACAGACCCUGAGCUCCUUCUCCUGGAACGCGCCCUGCCCAGCAUAACGACUCCCCUGCUGUCAGUCCUGCGUGUUCAUUUCAAGCUGCUCCCCGUCUCCUCCCAGCAGCAGCUCAUUUCAUUCAAGCAGGUGUGAAGUCUUCAUGUAAGAUGCGUGGUCCACUCUCACUGCUGUGCCGUUCCUCCAUCACCCUGAUAGUGGAGGGAUGAACACACGAGAGCCAGGGCGGGUGCAGGGGUUCCCCAAACUCUCUUUAUCCUCCCCACAUCUGCGGUCUCCGUUAAACCCAUCCUGCCACCUGUAACGCUCCAUGCAAAACUGUGCCUGGGGGAAAAAAAAAAACGCAAACACUUGGGUGUUCUCUGUGUGUUAAGAGCAAAUUUUAAAAGAAAAAAAUAUUUCUGUAAAUAUUUUUUAAAGUAUUGUGCAUUCUAUUGUAGAAUUUUAUUGUCAUCGUGUAGAAUCCAUUUUCCAAGUGGAAUUGAAAUAAUAGUAAUAAAAAAUGUUACUUUAUUAAAAUGAAAACAUUAUUGUAAAAAGCGUGGCCUGUGCAAGUACUCCUGGUCCUCACUCCUAGCUGCCCCCCGGAUAUGUAUUAAGGUGGACAAGAAGAGUGAAAUGCUAUCUUCUGCAAGUCGUCAAGGCUGGUUUCACAGAACUACUUACUGCUCCCUUCAGAAAGGCUGGCCAGGAUUAGCGCUGAUCAGGGUCUGUGGAACCAGUCUUUGCAGAAGUGCCUGGUGCUGAAAAGGUUUAAGCGUUCGGACGCUCACUGUCUCAAACUAAGAUAAGUUUCCAUUGCAAAAUUAUUAUUUAUUUCUUAGCAGACGCCCUUAUCCAGGGCGACUUAAAAUAAAGCAAUGCCAUCUCUUCAACCUGAGAGACACAUGCUGGCAGCUCUGAAAGAGUUUUACAUUCUUCCAUUCCAGUUGCUAACAGUCAAGUUUAUUUUAGUACUGGCAGAAAAAGGACAACUAGUGUGUGUGUGUGUGUGUGUAUAUAUAUGUAAUGUAUGGAUACUGUAACCCUGUGCAAGCCCAGAAUAAGUGACAGACAGAGCCACGUUGAUUAAGGUUUCUAUGUAUAUCAAUGUGUCAUACAAAAAACAUGAGCUGUCAUGCUUUAGUUAACAAAAA